AUGGAGACUCGGAACGUGCCUGCCGGGCCCUACCGGGCCACCAAGCUGUGGAAUGAAGUUACCACAUCUUUCCGAGCAGGAAUGCCCCUAAGAAAACACAGGCAACAUUUUAAAAAACACGGCAAUUGCUUUACAGCAGGAGAAGCAGUGGACUGGCUUUAUGACCUGCUAAGAAAUAAUAGCAAUUUUGGUCCGGAGGUUACAAGGCAACAGACUGUUCAAUUAUUGAGAAAAUUUCUGAAGAAUCAUGUAAUUGAAGACAUCAAAGGCAAAUGGGGAACAGAAAAUUUUGAUGACAACAAUCAGCUCUUCAGAUUUCCAGCAAAUUCUCCACUUAAAACUCUUCCACGAAGGCAUCCAGAAUUGAGAAAAAACAGCAUAGAGAACUUGUCCAAGGAUAAAGAAAGUCUUUUUAAAUUACGAAAUUUAUCUCGUAGAACUCCUAAAAAACAUGGAUUACAUUUCUCUCAGGAAAAUAAAAUGAACUGUGAAGCAAUUAAUGAAGAUCAAGAAAAAUCCGUUAAUAACAGAGAAAUAAGCCAGGAAGAUGUUGAAGAAGUUUGGAGAUACAUUAUUUUGAUCUAUCUGCAGACCAUUUUAGGUGUGCCAUCCCUAGAAGAAGUGAUACAUCCAAAACAAGUAAUUCCUCAGUAUGUUAUGUACAACAUGACCAAUACUAGUAAACAUGGAGUAGUUACACUACAAGACAAAUCAGAUGACCUUCCUCACUGGGUAUUAUCUGCCAUGAAGUGCCUAGCAAAUUGGCCAAGAAAUAAUGACUUGAAUAAUCCAACAUAUGCUGGAUUUGAGCGAGAUGUAUUCAGAACAAUUGCAGAUUACUUUUUAGAUCUACCUGAACCUUUGCUUACUUUCGAAUAUUAUGAAUUAUUUGUGAACAUUUUGGUUGUUUGUGGCUACAGCACAGUUUCAGAUAGACCCAGUGGGAUUCCUAAAAUCCGAGAUGAUCCACAGUCUUCAAAAACCAGGCAUUUAAAUGGUUUGAAUUCCUUCAAAUCAACUGAGUGUCUCCUUCUCAGUCUUCUUCAGAAAGAUGCAAACAAAGAAGAAUCAGAUACUUCUGAGCAGCCACAGAUAAGUGAUCGAGGACCUCCAGAAAAAUGUGCUAAGAAAAUGCAGCUAGUUCAUCUAAAAAACAGAAGAGCCAGUGCUAAUGACAUAAUGGGAGGAAGUUGUCGUAAUUUAACAGGUCUAAAUAGUAUGCAUGUUCUGUCCUCUCAAAUCAAGCCAAAGUGCUAUUCUUUAGAAGGAAUUGUAGAUUUACCAGGGAGUUCAAGGAAAGAGGUCGCCAGCAUCUUUCACCAGUCUGUCCUAAAUAUCGGACAAAAUAGCAAACAGUUUAUAGAGUCUCAAGCCACGCAGGAAUCCCUCAUGAAUCUCCAGGCGGAGGAAAGGAUUCAAAAGACAGUUGGUGUCGGCGUUAAGAGAACCUCUGCCCUGAGUAUUCACGAUCCAGAGGAGUUUUGUGAUGGAAAGAGCAAGUCAAAACAGCUUUGCAGAUCUCAGAGUUUACUUUUAAGAAGUAGUACAAGAAGAAAUAGUUCUAUCAAUACGCCAGUGGCUGAAAUUAUCAUGAAACCAAAUCUUGGACACGGCAGGACCCGAGUCAAAACAGCUAUGGAAAGCGAAGGUGCAAAGUCUAGUACCACAGUCAAUAAAAGACUCUGCAAAAGUACCAUAGAACUUUCAGGAAACUCUUUGCCUCCAGCUUCUUCUCUGUUGACUGGCACACAAAGUUUGCUGCAACCUCACUUAGAGAGGGUUGCCAUUGAUGCACUGCAGUUAUGUUGCCUGUUACUCCCCCCACCAAAUCGUAGAAAGCUGCAACUGUUAAUGCGCAUGAUUUCUCGGAUGAGUCAGAAUGUUGACAUGCCCAAACUUCACGACGCCAUGGGUACAAGAUCACUGAUGAUACACACAUUUUCUAGGUGUGUGCUAUGCUGUGCCGAAGAAGUAGAUCUUGAUGAGCUUCUUGCUGCAAGAUUAGUUUCUUUUUUAAUGGAUCAUCAUCAGGAAAUUCUUCAGGUACCUUCUUAUUUACAGACUGCAGUGGAGAGACAUCUUGACUACUUAAAAAGGGGCCAGAUCAGAAACCCUGGAGAUGAACUCAGUCCUCCUUUGCCAACAUAUUCCUAUUGUCAGCAGAUCAGCACACGGGAGUUCGACGAACAGAAAGUUUCUACCUCACAAGCUGCAAUUUCAGAACUUUUGGAAAAUAUUAUCAAAAACAACAGUUUGCCUCCAAAGGAGAAAAGAAAAAAACUAAAACAAUUUCAGAAAGAAUACCCCUUGAUAUAUCAGAAAAGAUUUCCAACCAUGGAGAGUGAAGCAGCAAUUUUUGGUGAUAGACCUACAAUUAAGCAACCAAUGUUAAUUUUAAAAAAGCCAAAGUUUCGUAGUCUGAGAUACUAA